CCUCCAUGGCUUUGUACUACCGAUUGACUGGCUUUUUAUAUGGCGAGAUUGGGCUCAGUUGAGCUGUACUAUCGAAGACUUCGCCAAGGCACAGACGAGGCCGCUGCGAUGCCAGCGGCCAACGGGUCCAGCAACUUUGUUGUGCGUCAACACAAGUCCAAGCACAGCGCUGACGUGACUGCGCUCAAGCCCACGGCAGUUCGCACCACCAACACUAACAAGGCGCAGUACUAUCGGCAACCUCUGGGGCGGACAGCAGUCUCCUUCGCCUCGAGGGCGGUCUCCUGCUGCAAGGACCGGUACAAAUACUAAUCAGAGAUCUGCGAGCGUGCAGAAUCAACCGAGACAAGAGCCAAGAAAAAAAAAACAAAGUCGAAGUCCCGCUCGGCACUUGGAGCGCGCUCAUUCCAUGCCAAUUUUUCAUUGUGGGGUGCCGAACAAACAGCCUGUUUUGUCCAAAUGGCUGUGCGACGCUCAGGUCCUCCACCUCAAGCGAAAUCGAGGUCUUUGUCGGCCACGAGGGAAGUUACGGUGGACGUACGAACGGAGCCUGUUGUGGAUGAUUUGGAGUCUAAAGCGGAGAGCUCGACGAAGACGGACUCGAAGCAGAAGAAACGGAGCCGGUCGACUUCAAAGUCGCGGAACAGAUCGACAAGUCGUACGCGUCAGGAACAGGCUGUGGUUGCUGCGGCUAUCGACAGCGAGGAUGAUGACAGUGAAGCAGAAGAAGAAAUAGAAGAAGAGGGGGACAUUCCUGCGCCAAAGGCCAGUGUUGCAGAGCUUGAAGUCGCAUUGAAGAAAUACCGACGCAUUCGACGUGUACGUCGAAAAGUAUUUGAGAAAAUUGCGGAACAGUUCGAGCAGUUGGAUAACGAGGUUUACGAUCUGGACGCGAUCUGUGAAAUGUUACGGAAGCGCCGCGACAACCUAUUGGGUAGGAAGGAUACGUCUGAUGAUGCAGCUGGAGCAAGCCAAGAGCAACCAGAGCAUCGGUCAUGCUUGAGCAAGCGGGCACGCACCAGUGAGGCGAAUGAAAGCAAAGAAGAUGUAAUUGUAUUUCUUGGGCCAGUGGAUCCUGAAGUCGUGGCCUCACGCGUAAAGCACAAUCGGGUCGUGUUGACAGCGGAUUCCACCCCAGCUGAAUAUUGGAAACGCGCGGAUGCGUCACAAACGGUCGUGGACCACAACCGGAAAGCUUAGCCACCACAAUAUUGGCGUGAAAACACGAAAUUAAUGUGUAUGUGGUGCGGUGCAACUUGCCGAGUGCCCACUACAGACUCGAUUUCAUCAAAUUACCGCAACCGAACUAUCCGGCAUCGAAUCCAUGUCUUCUAUCGGCAAUAGUGGUGCUUGCUCGGUCCUCCGCUUUUAGGUCAAGGCGUUUGAAGCUCCCCAAAUUGCCCAUUCUCUUUUUUUUUUUCAGUACUUCGCAAGAAUGCUCCGUGUUUAAUGAUUCGAUGUUAGCUACUUUCACAAAUGCAACAGUUUAUUGUUAUUCUUUA